AAAAAAAAAAAAACAACCCUCAGUGCUUUGUCAGAACAGCAGAGAUCAGUAGCCAUGGACACGCAGAAGAGCUCCGUUCUCAAAGAAGGCUUUUUGGUCAAGAGGGGUCACGUGGUUCACAACUGGAAGGUUCGGUGGUUCGUCCUGAAAGCCGAGCAGCUGCUGUACUACAGGUAUGAAGGGGGAAAACGGGACUCGUGCCACAGAGGGAGCGUCCCGUUACGCGGAUGUGAGAUCACCUGUCCUUACCUGGAAUACGAAAACAGGCCGCUGGUCCUGAGACUGAAGAUCAGCACUUCGGAGUACUUCCUGGAGGCGUGUUCUCGAGAGGAGCGAGACGAGUGGGCCGAGGAGAUCGGCGCAGCCGCGAGGAGACUCGGCCCGGUCGACGCUCCGGCUCCUUCUCCGGCCGUCGGGAAAUCUUCACGAUCGCUCCAGCUCCACAGCGUUAACCUCAGUCAGGUGGUGGACUCCAUGCAUGACGUUCACAGCGGCAUUAAGAUGAGCAGCCAUGUGGAGCAGGGCAGCACCUACAUCAACUGCUUCUCAGGCUCGGCAGUGGUGGACUGGUUGGUGUUCACUCAGCUGGCUCUGACUCGGGUGGAGGCCGUGACCCUGGCGUCGGCCCUGCUCGAUGAAGGCUGCGUGAGAGCUGUCGGCGUGAAGAGCGUCGCCGCCGUGAGGAACGGCGCUCUCGGAGAGCAGUUCAUCGACGAUUCGACGGCUCUCUACAGCUUCGCUGCGAGCUUUAAGAAGCGGGGGAGUAUGAAGUCGGAGAAGUCCGUGUCUGCGGUGGAGCUGAGUGGAAGAGUGCAGAAGAGAGGAUACCUGGUCAAACAGGGACACAAUGUUAAGAACUGGAAGGUGCGACUGUUCGUGCUGAGGUCGGACCCAGGUUUCAUACACUACUACGACCCAAGCAAGGAUGACAUCACUCCCGCCGGCGGGUUCUCUUUGCGCGGCUGUCUGGUUUCCUCUCUGGAUGACAAUGGCGUACCCUCAGGUGUGAAAGGUAAAAUCCAGGGGAACUUAUUUAAGAUCAUCACUCAGACGGACAGACAUUACUUCAUCCAGGCUCCCACACACCAGGAGAAGAUGGAGUGGAUCGGAGCCAUCAAGCAGCAGACGUAAAGACGCGGUUAGCCCGAAAGGCAGCUGACGUCACGGUGCGGUCGAGCCUUUCACGCCCAGAUCACGUCCUGCAGGAUCGUGAUUGUAGCACUGACUAUUACAAACCCCCAAAUCUAUUCAACGCAUCAAUUCAGAACCGUUAGCUAACAAUUCACUGUUUUGUCGUGACACUAGCUACGAUGAGAGAUGAAAAUGCUAAAGACUAUUAUUUAAGAAAGACAAGACUUAUUUAACAUUCGUUUAAUGGAUUUUACGUACAAAACCCGAGAAGCUCUGCAGCGGUUUAUCCAGCUCCAUGCUGAUGGCCUUUGCUAGUGUAUCUGCAGCUCUGAAGACCACGAUGAAGCUCAUCCUGCUGGCAGGACAUUAUAUUCAUAACGUUCACGUCCAUUUGACAGUCACUAAUCGUUUUAGUGGCCGGAUGUGAAAUCCACUACAGACUGCCGUCAGCUGUUUCUCUAACUUUCUUUAAAUUAUUCUCACUCUAAGCACUUUUUUUUUUGUCUUCUGCGAAACCCCUUGAAUGUUUGCAGUAUGUACAGUAAUACUAGUUUUAUACCGAGCAAGACUUUUAGUGUCAAUGUAAUAUUUUUAUCUGCUUUUAUACGGAUCAGUUAUCGCCGGGCACGUGCCGGUAUUACCCCGUCAUAUCACGCGCUACUACAUUGUAAUGAUGCUGUAUUCAAUCGGAAUACGAUAAAAUAAAGCACUAAACUCAUGAAAAAGUUUCAGAGUUUUCUUUUAAAGCGUGUAGAGUAGCGAGGGAUGAGAGUGACGGGGUGAAAAACUAAAUGGGGGGGGGGGGGGGGUCAAGAAAGAAAGAAAGAAAUCAAAAAGAUGUUUUAUAAUAAAACAAACAAUUAAUGUUGAUAUAAAAAAAUAAUGAAAGUAAAAAGAGAGAGAGA